AUGCUAUGCUACGCCAUCCUCGGGGCGGCACCAGAUCUCGCCUUCCAGGCUGCCGUCGUUGCCGGGAGAAUCAUCUUCGAUGCGACCGCAAGAAGCCAACAUGCUCAACCUUUCAGCCAUAGCAAAUAUUCCUCCGCCAUCCAACAUCUAGACAACAAUACUGCCAACCAAGACUUUAGCAUAUCCGGGCACAUUUCCGAUCUUGCGUCGCCCUCUCCUUCUGAGGACAAUAUUGUUCCUGCAUUCGUGGAUUUAGUCGAAGGCUCCCAAAAUGACCAGGGCCGAAGUCCCACCGAACCAUGGGUGGGAACGACGAUCAGCCCAGUGAUAGUUUCCCCUGGAGUUCAACACUUAUACAACGGCAGUCCGAGCUCUGUGCGGACUGGUUUCGAUGCGGCUACGUUCACACAUGUGCAGAGUCCGACGCAAAAUAGGCCAACAUGGACGUCUCCUCUUGCUGGCCUAAUUCCAGGCUCAACACCCGAGCACGUGUCAGGCUACUCUUUGUCGCCCACGGCGAGGAUCACUCCCUCAGUACUGAAAAAUGAGCUGGAAUCCAAGGUAUUUGAGUUCUACAUUGUAUACAUGGGACACUGGCUCGAUAUUGGCUCUCCCAAGCACUAUUUCCAAUCCCAUAUUCCACAAUUGGCCGUGCGAGAGCCACUCGUGCUCUAUGCAUGCCUGGCAUGUGCUGCGCAAAUCAUGUUCCUGAUGGGCAUACUGGAUCGGUCCAUUGAGGAACAGUACAACGGCAAAGUGCUAGAGAUACUUAUUCCUCUGCUAUCCUCGAAUAUGGCCACGUCGGCCAACGAGGUUUUGCUGGCGACCACCGUCAUCCUGCGAAUGGCCGAACAAUUCCUCGAGCUGGGGCAAGAUGCUCAGCGACAUCUCAAUGGCGCUGCGUCACUCUUCAUGGACGGGACAGACUGGCCACUGGCCGAGCACAAUCUCGGCAUCGCUGCCUUUUGGACCCAUCUGCGCGAGACCACCCGCAUAUGCUUUCUGCAUGAGCAGCCGCCUCAAUUCGACCUUGCGCAGCUCAAUAUCAACGAUUCCCUCCCUGACUCUGCAGCUCCCGAGGAGGUGUGGACCAACAAGAUGACCUACUUAUUAUUGAAAGUUUGCAAGUCAUGCUGGGGUACCUGCUCUGGUGAUCUAGCAAUUGCAGGCCAGCUACAUGCAUCAUUGGAUCUGUGGAAGGAGAACGUCCCGCCAUCCUAUAGACCGUGGUUGGUGCGAGAGACUGAGGAGCAUCCGUUUCCAGUGAUUAAAUAUUUUGAACCUUGGCAUGUCGUGGCAUGGCAAUUUUACUACACGGCCAAAGUCAUGCUGGCCGUUUAUUACUCGAACAAACAACAAGCCGGCAAUGUACACUGGAUGAGGAAUUAUAUUGAGUCGGAGAUCGUCUCCCCAACACGAUUGUUAUGCGGACUUUGCAUGUCAUCGAACAACAUUGGUACGAAUCUCAAUGGCAGCCAUCUGAUGGCAUGGUGUGGACAGUAUUUUUCUGGACAAAAGGAGCAGACACAGCUACUGGAAUUCUUGACCAAGUUUGGGGAGAAGACGAAAUGGCCUAAUCAGACCAGCAGCAAGCGGUUGCAGGAGCAGUGGAGGAGUUCUCGUAGAUCUUGGGUCGAUUGCUAA